ACAAAAAGCGAGACGUCGCUGGUCACGUGACACGCACUACAUCACCCAGAAACCCCUUCGCUGGCCAAUGAAAACACAGAAGGGCAUUUCCGGGCGGGCCAAAGGGUCGCUGGGCCAAUGAUAGACGAGGAGUCAUUUCCUGGCCCGCAUCGUCGAGGAGGCGGGAGUUCUGGCGUUUGACCAGCCACUUCGGCUGCGGAGGGGGCUGUGUCACCGGGUAGUUGCGGUAAGGGAGCUUCCGGGGGUCGCGGAAGCCGGAGCGGAGAAGACACAAGCGCAAGUCCUUCCCCGGAGCCCCGAUGACGUUGGCCAUCGGGCCACCCACGUGAAUGUCGCGGGGUCGCAGCCAACGACCUAGCGCGUCCACCAUGGCCUAUGGUAAUGUAUCAGCAGGACCGAGAGGGACAUAAGCUCGGAAGGACUUCAAGUGUGAGGUCAUUACCGUCGCCCCGCCAUUUCCUGGCUGGCUUCUCCUCGCCAGUCCUGCUGACAUAGUGGGCGUUGUCAUGACUGGGGCCUCUGAGACCUUCCCCGAGCGUUUUACAUGAUGCCGUUCUCCCCAGGCCAGAAGAGGGAGCCAGAUCUCAUUACAGAUGGUUGUGAGCCACCAUGUGGGUGCUGGGAAUUGAACUCAGGACCUCUGGAAGAACAGCCACUGCUCUUAACCUCUGAGCCAUCUCUCCAGCCCCCAGUCCAGAUUUUCAAUCUCCAGGGUUUCAUUUAUAUGCUUCCUUACGCUAGAGAUGACUGACACUGAAUUUUGUGGCUUAACUGGUGUCAGAACUGAAGAGAAGGUACCAGAACAAGGAAUGGAAACUGGAGAAAAGGAGAUAACUUGGACAUCAUCAUCCACCUGCAGCUGCUGGACUUAACAUCUAGAGACAAGACGAUCUUCCAUCCUAUCUGAGGAGAUCAGAGAUAAUUCUGCUCUGAGCCCUGUGUCUCUGGGCCUGAUGGCCUUUGAGGACGUGGCUGUGUACUUCUCCCAGGAGGAGUGGACGUUCCUGGAUGCAGCUCAGAGGGCCCUGUACCGCCAUGUAAUGCUGGAAAACUUCGCACUUGUAGACUCCAUAGGUAAAGCCCUGAAUCCUCCAUUGGAAGCAAAGCUGGGACCAGGGCUCUCUGUCUCCCGGCCUCGUGUGAUCAUCCAGCUCCAGCGUGGUGAGGAACCCUGGGUUCCCAAUAGGACAGAUACAGGCCCAGGCGGGCGCCCCCACAGAAGACCCAGCAUUGGAUCCAAUUACUAUGCAAGGGACAGACACGUGUCUAGAGAUGCAGCACUUCCAGGGGUUACCUGUGACGGUCCUGAUGGGAUCCCUGCUGGUGCCUGCCCUGAUGCAAAAAUCCUGGAGAGACACCAGAGUGCCUCCCCGUCUCUGCAGAGAAAACCCACAGGGGUAUCUGUGAUCUACUGGGAGCAGCUACUGCUCGGUUCCAGCAGCAAUGAGGCAACUGUGAGCCUGCGAUUGACCUCCCCAGUGGGGGUUCCUGAAGAUAGUUCACCCAGAGUGAAGGCUUUCUCUGACCUCUUGGCCCCAGGGAAGCAGUCACAGGUAGCCGAGCAGCAAAAGCCAGAGAUGCAGCCAACUCCUGGGAGAGUCUUCCAAAGCAUCCCAGACCCCCAUGAGGGACGUGGAAUUAGUGGGACUUGGCACGAAUCUCAGAUAGACCCCAGUAUUCCAGAGCCCCCAAUAUGGGACGAGCUGGGCGAGGCCCUCCAGGCUGGCCCAGGUCUUCUCUCCGGGGACAAACCUUUUGAAUGCAGGGCAUGCAACAAAGUGUUCGUGAAGAGCUCAGACCUCCUCAAGCACCUGCGCACCCACACGGGAGAACGGCCAUAUGAGUGCUCCCAGUGUGGCAAGGCCUUUAGCCAGACGUCACACCUGACUCAGCACCAGCGCAUCCACAGUGGGGAGACACCCUAUGCAUGCAUGGUGUGUAGCAAGGCCUUCCGACACAGCUCCUCGCUGGUGCGCCAUCAGCGCAUCCACACGGCCGAGAAGUCCUUCCACUGCAGCGAGUGUGGCAAGGCCUUCAGCCACGGCUCCAACCUCAGCCAGCACCGCAAGAUCCACGCAGGAGGGCGGCCCUAUGCCUGUGCUCAGUGUGGUCGCCGCUUCUGUCGCAACUCGCAUCUCAUCCAGCAUGAGCGCACGCACACCGGGGAGAAGCCCUAUGCCUGCUCCCUCUGCGGCGCAGCCUUCAGUCAGGGCUCCUCACUCUUCAAGCACCAGCGUGUGCACACCGGAGAGAAGCCUUUCUCAUGCCCACAGUGUGGCCGUGCCUUCAGCCACAGCUCCAACCUCACACAGCAUCAGCUGCUGCACACUGGCGAACGGCCCUUCCGCUGCGGGGACUGUGGCAAGGCAUUUGCCAAGGGCGCAGUGCUGCUCAGCCACCGGCGCAUCCACACGGGUGAGAAGCCCUUCGUGUGCACGCAGUGUGGCCGUGCCUUCCGUGAGCGCCCUGCCCUCUUCCAUCACCAGAGGAUCCACACCGGAGAGAAGGCCCUUCGGAGGCCCAGGGGCGGCAUGCAUUCUCAAGCCAGGUCUCUAGGGGCAUCCUUAGAUGGUACACCUCCCAAGGCCACCUUAGGCCCAGCAGUGGUCCCAAAGCUAACUGAGACCUGAGGUCACAGCAGUGCCCUUCCCUGCUUUCUCUGAAUCCCUUUCACUCACUGUUGAAGAGCCUGUGUCCUCAGCAAAUCCACCGAGAAGCCCUGUUAUGUGAACCAGGUAUGGGGAAAAUUUGCCAGUCAGUGCCAUUUACAUAUGACAAGAUCUGCUGUUCAGCCACCUUUCACACCUAUACCCUGAAAGAAGCCAUUCUGGAGAGGCAUCCGAAGUACGCAUGUACCCCCUGGGACUGGUGGAGCAGACAAGGACUGCCUCCAGAAUCAGUGGGUAUCCUAUAGACAUUAUCUUCAUGUUGAUGACACUUCAGCGUUUCCUGACUGUGGAAACGGGAAAGGAGCAGGAGUAGGUAGAGAUGGCCAAACGACUCUGGCUACACCCAAACUAACAGCUGGAGAGACACCCCCAGGGUUCAGGGCAUUCAGUUUCCUUGGUGCCAGCCUCAGGCAAAUAAAUGGUUUGUUUCUGAA